ACUGUGAAGGCCUCCUUCUUGAUCUUUCAGCUGACUCUGGCAGGGAACGUUCUUGGUGGGAAUGUGCUGAUCUGGCCCACAGAAGCCAGUCAUUGGCUAAAUAUCAAGGUCAUCAUCCAAGAGCUGAUCGAGAGGGGACACAAUGUCAGUAUCCUGGUGUCUACCUCAUCUCUCUUCAUCCAGCCUGGGGAUGUUCCAGCAGCCAGGUUCGAAUGGUACCCUGUGCCCUUUGGGAAGGAUGAUCUUGACUCCCUCAUCAAGGACAUCAUAAUGCUGUGGCUGCACAACAGGCCAACCAUUCUGACUUUCUAUCAGUUUUACAAAGAACUGGGAAAGCUGAUGAAGAAAGCCAAUGUGCUCAAUAGGCAGAUGUGUGAAGGCGUGCUCGCCAGCCCGGACCUCCUGGCCCAGCUGCAAAAAAAAGACUUUGAUGUCCUGCUUUCUGACCCAGUGACCAUCUGCGGUGAUUUGGUGGCUCUGAAGCUGGGAAUCCCAUUUGUGUACACGCUGCGCUUCACACCAGCCUCCACAGUGGAAAGGCAUUGUGGGAUGAUGCCAGCCCCUCCUUCCUAUGCGCCCGCUGUUCUGUCAGAACUCACAGACAGAAUGUCAUUUGGAGAAAGGAUGAAAAAUAUCCUGUCCUAUCACAUACAAGAUUAUGUUUUCCAGAGCUACUGGGGAGAAUGGGACUCUUAUUACAGUCACAUUCUAGGGAGGCCCACGACGCUGUGUGAAACGAUGGGGAAAGCAGAGCUGUGGCUGAUCCGAACCUACUGGGACUUUGAAUUCCCUCGGCCUUUCCUUCCCAAUUUUGAAUUUGUCGGGGGUCUCCACUGCCAGCCAGCCAAGCCUUUGCCAGAGGAAAUUGAAGAAUUUGUCCUGAGCUCAGGGAAACACGGCAUUGUUGUCUUUUCUCUUGGAUCAAUGGUUCAAAACUUAACAGAUGAAAAGGGUAAUAUGAUUGCCUUUGCACUCAGCCAAAUUCCACAAAAGGUUCUUUGGCGGUACAAAGGAAAAAGGCCGGUCACGUUAGGAUCCAACACUAGGCUUUAUGACUGGAUACCACAAAACGAUCUGCUGGGACAUCCCAAGACCAGAGCCUUUAUAACACACGGUGGAACAAAUGGGAUAUAUGAAGCUAUUUACCAUGGGAUUCCCAUGGUUGGGAUCCCUCUGUUUGCUGACCAACAAGAUAACAUUGUCCACAUGAAGGCAAAGGGAAUGUGCAUGGAUUUGAACUUCCAUACAAUGACAGCCCCAGAUUUGGUGGAGGCCUUGAACACUGUCAUACACAAUGCCACGUACAAAGAAAAUGCUGUCAGGCUCUCUCAGAUUCACCGUGAGCAGCCCGCAAAGCCCCUGGACCGAGCUGUCUUUUGGAUUGAGUUUAUCAUGCGCCACAAAGGGGCCAAGCACUUGAGGCCAGCUGCCCAUCACUUGACCUGGUACCAGCACCACUGCCUGGACAUCCUGGCAUUCUUGGCUGCCGGGGCAGCAGUGUUCUUCUUCAGCGCUGUGAGAUGCUGCACAUUUUGUUGUAGGAAAUGUGGUAGGGCAAUAAAGAAAAGAAAGACCGAGUAGCUGGUGGAAGGAUAAAACCAGCACUCUGCAGCUUAGGUUGGACUAGAUAGAGGGUGAAGACAUGAAUAUAUCCUAAAGCCUCAUGGGGGUGAUGUGGACACUUUCUCUGCCUUGGAAACCGAUGUCUCGCACUGCAGGGAAGGUGUGAAUCAAUCACAUCCACCGCACUCCAGAAUGAAUGCCUGGCCUCGUCUCAGCAUGGAGCACCAUGAGAGCAUUUCUUCAGGACACCGGAGAUGACCAUAUAUUUAAAGACUGUGCUACAUUUUUAAAAGUACUAGGAGAAAGGCCACACAGACUCUCUCUUCCUAAUAUGCCGCUUUUCUACUGGUGAUUUUUUUUUAAGAUGAGAAAGCAUGAAAAAACGACUGAAGUGAGAUCUUCCACCCCAACUCACGGAUCUGCCACAUGCAUAGUGUUAGAUCCUUGUACACGGAUCAAUAACUUGGACUGUGGAUAUGAAAUCAGAAGUCUUUAUUAGCCUGUCAGUAGAGACUCCAAUGGCAAAAAGCCAGAUCUAAAGGUCUUGGCUUCUUGCAAACACAUUUAUUACUUUUGUUUUCCCACUCGAACCCUCCUCCCUUCCCACGGAUUAGCAGAACAACAGGGUGUGAAAAGAUUUGUUAUGGAAUACAGAUUGUGUCAAGGAUACUGACAGCCUUCACUGGGAGCAUCCAUCCUCCCCUGCUGGCAAGGUCGCCUAUUUGCUGUGUUGCCCAGCACAGUGAUUCAGAACAACAAACAUCAGACAGUUGGAAGACUUUCCCCCUCUGCCCAGGUGUGACCUCGGGCCUUGACUAGUGUGGUGCCAGGCAGGGCGGGAGCCACCCCUGACACAUAGGCCCUGCCAGACGUUUGUCUCACUUGGUGAAAUUUGAUUUGUAGGUACCAGUGGUAAUUGGUACCAAUACCAAUGGUUUCAAAAACACAGCAGUGGAGGCUGUAACUGAAUACUUUUAUAAAAUGGGUGUGAUCCAGGAAGUUUUAAUCUGGUCAGGUGGUUGAAAUCCAUCCAGAAGUGAUCAGUUACAUGCUCUUUUUUAAAAAAAUAACUUUUACCAUAAAAAAUUACAAGACAGGAGGGAAAAUUAAAGACAUGAACAUGAGCCAGUCCAUCACGUGCCUGAGGCGAGUGGGCAAGAGGAGGUGGGAAAGAGGAGAUCUCUGCCUCCCUGUAAUUAUUCUAAAGCUUAAUUUGGUCAUGGUUCUCAUACCCAAUCUGAGCUUCCACAAUCCAGCAGAAGGAAGCAACAUUUCUAGCACUUGUUGCACCGUAUGAAAAGCAUGCACAAGUAUAGACGAUGUCUGAACAAAUAUUUAUCCUCUCCCAACCAAACCUCCUAUGUAAUCCCCAAGAUCCAACUCUAUGCUACUAUUCCUUAGCAAAAUAUUUCCAAUCUUUUGGACAGCCUCAGUAUGGAAAGCAGAAUAAGGCCCGUGUGAUUCCUUAGUGCAGAACUUGGAUUCAUAGGAAUGCCUUUACUGCACUCAUUGUUUGGGAUCACCUCUGUAUUUGAACCAUCAUGGUCAAGAUCUGCUUCAUUUUCCUCCAAUGUCAGGCUUGUUCUGAAGACAUCACCCCUGUCAAAAUACACUCUAGAUGAUCCACAUUUUGAUAUAUAUCUAGAAUCCCUGGGCCCCAUGGAUCUUUUGGGCACUUUAAGAAACUCCAUGUGGGGUCUUGAUCUGGCUGUUGCAAAACUUUCUUCUCUGAGAUGCAUUGCACAGUGUUUCACAUAUUCCUGCAGGUUUUGCUUGGGUUCCUUAGGGAUCCCUCAAGCUAUGUCUUCACACAAUACUCUGGUAUUUCAGGCCUUCCUAAUCGGAAUUUCCAUAGGGAUGACUCCAGCCAUUACUUCACACCAUCUCAGCCUGAUUCUGGAUCUUCCUCUUGCAGUUGUACCAAGGACGCUCCAAGCCAGCCUUGAUCAGAUGUUGCCUCCUCCUUUAUGGAAGCCUCAAAGCAUUCCUCCACAUCCCACGUGUGUACUUCAGGAUCUUCCUCAGGCUUGCGCCAAUUGAUUCACGCGUGUUACGCUUGGAUGCAUUAGGCUUUUGAGCCUUCCUAAGCAUACUUCAAGAUAUCUGUGCACAUUGUGCCUUGAUUCUUCAGGACAUUUCUCAUCAAGGGUUCUCGUGGACCUUUCAAGCCAUUCCUGUAGUCUCAGUUUGGAGGCUUCUGUGACUUCUACUUCGAAGAUAAAAGGAUUCCAGUCACUCUUGCAUCUGGCGUCUCCUUUUCUGCCAUUUUGUGCGGGUGCCUCAAGCCAGUCUUUCUCAUGUACAUUGGCUGUUCCAGAACCUUCUGCUUGUAAGCCCCUUAAGCAGCUUUGCUGGGCGUUUCACGGCAUUCUGCUUCAUGGCUCCUUCCAAAUUCUGAACUCCAGUCCCCCAAGCUCCAUGUGAAUGCUUCACAGCUGUCAUCUUCAGAGGAUCACUGAAGGGAUAUCCCCACAUUAUGCUUGGUUGCUGCAGAACUCUCCUCCAUCAGAUCUGAUCUGUACCAUUCAAGCACAUUUCCACUGUGUAUUUCUAGACCUUGCUUUAGCAAAUUAGUUGUUUCAUUUGAUGGGUACACAUCUAAUGUAGAUGCUUCACAUUCUCCCACUAGUAGGUUCUGUUUAGAUAUCUCAGUACUUUGGAGUUCCUGGAUGCCGUUCAUUGACAUUUCCAUGGUACAAAGAAUGGCAGAAACCAUUCUUCCACAUAUUGCUGGUAUAUUUCCAGAUCUUUCUUUUCUCUGUAAAAUAUGGACACUUCAACCCAUUCUUUCACAUCUUUCCUGGAAGUUUCAGAACAUUCAUCUGGGAGGGGUUUUUUAAUGGAUACUUCAAGCUGUUUCUUCAAGUUUUGUUAGAAUGUUUUAGUCCUGUUAAAGAUGCUUAAAGCCAACUUUGCACAUUGCUUCUGGAUGCUUCAGAAUCUCUUUUUCUGAGGUUCUCUGUGGGGGCAUCCACCCAUCCCUUUCUUAGGCGAUCUGUGGCCACUGCAGUCACUUGGGGCCUUGCCCAGUCAAGAUCUUCUGUCACAUUCUGUCUGGAUGCUUCAGUGCCUCCUCUUCUGAGGCUCUCUGUGGGGAUUUCCACCCAUCCCUUUCUCAGACAAUUUCUGGACAGUGCAGUCAUUCUAGAUCUUCUCCACAUUCUGUCUGGAUGCUUGAGAGCCUCUUCUUCUGAGGUUCUCUGUGGGGGCAUCCACCCAUCCCUGUCUUAGAUGAUCUCUGGGCAGUGCAGUCACUUCAGUCCUUGCCCACUCAGGAUCUUCUGUCACAUUCUGUCUGGAUGCUUGAGAGCCUCCUUUUCUGAGGCUCUCUGUGGGGGAAUCCUCCAUCCAUUUCUUAGCUGAUCUCUGGGUAGUGCAGUCACUUCAGGACUUGCCUACUCAAGAUGUUCUGUCACAUCCUGUCUGGAUGCUUGAGAACUUUCUCUUUUGAAAUUCUUUGCAGAUGGUUCAAGUUGUCUUCUCCGAUGAUGUCCAGACAAUUUGAUUACUUCAGGUGUUUCCUUCUAUAUAUCUUCUGUCACAUCCUGUCUGGAUGCUAGAGAACUUCCUUUUCUGAGGUUGUCUUUGGGGGCUUCCAGCCUUCCCUUACUUAGAUGAGCUUUGGGCAAUUCAAUAACUUCAGGUGUUGCCCAUCUUCUGUCACAUCCUGUCUGGAUGCUUUAGAACCUCUUCUUCUGAGAUUCUUUGCAGAUGGUUCAAACCAUCCUUUUCUGAGAUGAUCUCUGUGCAAUUCAGCCACUUCAAGUCUUUCUGACCUUGUUUGAACUUCGUUGGCUUAAGUACACAGAGGUUCUCUUGCCCACUCUAUUGAUCUGUGAUCAAAAUGGUCUAUGCCCAGUUCAUGCAUCCAUGAUUCAUAAUGGUCCUUUUUAAACUGCUCUGUCUCCCUAUGAAAAGCAAGUAAUUUAUAAAUAGUGUGUCUUAAGCUAAACAUCUCAGAUAAUCUUUUUAGAAAACAACCCUUCUCUUUAAAAACGGUGUCUAAGGUAUUUCAUUUCAUCAAGAUGCAAGCCCAUUUACAAUCAAGAUCCUGUUGUGACACAACCAUUUUUAGGGCGUUGCCCUUUGUGCUUUGAAUUUUUUUUACCCAAACCAGUAGAUAUAUCCUAUAAACCCAAUUAUCACUCUGUAACUGAUGGGUUACAAAAUUCCUAACAAUCCAUUGGAUUUCCUCCAUGAAUGGCACAAAUAAAUCAUAUUUAACAACAAUUAAUAGUUGGGGAGGGGAAUACAAGGGGAAAUCAGAUGCCCCAGCUAGCCCUUGCUGGUCCCCACUUGAAAUGUUGAUAUACUGUAGGGAUCUAGCUAAUGCUGGUCUUUUUAUAAAGCCCUGGGUGGCACAAAGGAGGAAGUUCUGCCUGUGUGGGAAUGUGUAGGUGGCAGCUUUUGAAGUGCAUUGUAACUUCCACACAGGACACAGGUGUCAGGGAUGCGUGUCAGAAACACCAUGAACCAAACAAUCGAAACCGUUGUGAUGAACAAUGAUUUCUUUAUUAUAGGUCAGAUGAAUCCUGAACACAGUCCAAGACGUUACUGGCUCGAUCAGCCAGAAUGCCUUGAUCGUAAGCACCCAGAUAGUACUCCCCCCACCCCCCAUACAGUUUUCCAGUGGUAUUACUAAGAACCAAACCGUUAGCAGUCUGGCCUUGACUAGGAGCAAGAAGAGAUAAGGAAAGGCUGAGAGUAGAAGCAACAUAGUUGCACACAGCAAAAGGACAGCAGGCAGAAAUUCCAUCCCCCAACACGUCAUCCCCCCUGACAAUAUGUCUAGUUGACUAAGAUGCAUUCCUAGCCUGAUGAAGUCACUACAAAAUAUAUUGCCGGAGUUUGUAUCUCGUUGAUUGAGAUGCAUUCAUGACUCCAUGUAAUCACUGCAAGAUAUAUGUAACCAGCUGCUAUAUGUUACCAUGCUGUAAUGGGACAUUCUUUCCUUGAUCUUAUUUUAUGGCUUCACACACUGA